AUGAAGUUAAUGUUUAUAAUGCAUCACAUUGAACCAACAACGGAUCUUAUAUCAUUCAAUGUUUAUAACGAUGAUGAAAAGAAUAUUCCGGUUAUUACUUUAUUACUUUAUGAUGGUAUCAAAUUCACGUAUUAUUUAAAUAUAAACCAAACUUCUGGAGAAGAAUCAUCUAUCGUUGUUAAUUAUGACAGUUCACAUGUUAAACCUAUAAGCUAUAAUGUUCAUAUCAACCACAAUUUACAUCCAAAUUAUUAUCAUAAGCUUGACACGUAUAAGAAUAGCUUAGUUUAUACUAGUAAGUUGAAUGAUUCAAUUACAGCAUCACCAACGCAAACACCAUCACCUACACCAAAUGUACAUCCUGAUCCAACAACGACGACUUCUGAGAUGACUCCAGAAAAAACACCAGAAACAACAUCUCAAGAUUCAGAUGAUAAACAAAAAGAUGGUAAAGGCAAGAGGAUCGGUAUCAUCCUUGGAAGUACCAUUGCAGUUAUCAUUGUCAUCGUCGUCAUUGUUAUUAUCGUAAUCACGAUAAUCAAAAAGAAUAAGGAAGACUCUACUGGCGUCGUUCUUGAAAAACUCGUUUAA